GUGGAAACUAUGCGGCGUUUGGAAGAGUGCUGUGCGCAACGGGACGCGUCAGUCUGGCACCGGCGGAGCCGAGAGAGAGACCUACCCGGGCAACCAAGUGUAAACGGACGACAGAAGGCACGAAGGACAAAAAAGAAGAAAAUAGAAAUUGCUUGCGUGGACAAGUCUGCUGAAAAUAGAUCAAAGGUUCGUUUGACAAAUGCCUACAGAAGCUCAGAGGAGACACACAACCGGAUUAGUUACUGAUUGAAGCGACAGAGACAAGUCUCAGAGGUGGCUCUUCUCAUCUGACUUUUGAUUAUGAGGGCAAUGGAGGCAAAGAAGAGGAGAGACACUGAUGAUGUGGAAGACGACGACGAUGAUGAUGAUGAUGUGAUGCAUUUAGGAGAGCUGGAAGGAGAAAAUGAUCAGGUGGUUUUAGGACCACAGAUGGAGAUCCUGGAUGUGCUGGAGGUCUCUGACGAUGAAGAAGAAGAACGGAGACUGGUUGACCUCUUCACUGCUUGUCAAAGCAACAAGUCAGAGGUGGUGCAGGGGCUGCUGAGGGCCGAUGCUGACCUGACGGUGUGUAACCACAGACAACAGACCGCGCUGCACAUCAGCCCACCUGAGCUCCAGGAGAAAAUGGUGAGGUGGAUGACGAGGCCCCAUCUGUCCGCACAGGAGCAGCUGCUGCAGGCUGCCUGGCAGGGACACCUGGGCUCUGUGAGGCAGCUGCUGUCUCAGACAGUCAGUGUGGAUGUGAACUUUCCCAAUAGUGACGGCGCAACAGCAGUGAUCCUAGCCGUCAGAGACGUCGACCUGUUUCAGGACAUGGCAGCAUGGUUACCAUGGGAACACAAACCUGUGGAGGUGGUCAAGGAGCUUCUAAAGUUGUCAGCUGAUUUGCGAGUUCGAGACCACAACGGCUGCUCUGCCCUCCACUACGCUGCUAAUCUCAGCAGCCGUCUGAUGGAAGAGAUUGUUCCGGUUCUGAUCGAGGCUCUGGGUCACACAGACGCUGAUCUUAAGUCCUUGUCGGAACUUGAGAAAUACUUGUUCCAGGAUUUGGACUUUGGAGAUUCAGACACAGAGCAGGAUGCUGAGAUCCUUUUACAUCAUCAUAAAGCAAGAAGACAUCAACACAGCGACCAUUCUCACAGCCAUAAACGGGCAUCUCUGCAGACUUCAGGGAGUCUCCCUCAAUCGGACAAGAAGGAGUUCAGCCAAGAUAAGGGGAUUCCCACCUGUUCCCAAAUCGCCAUGGAAACUCUGAAAAAUCCCGGACGAGCCAAUCAGGACGCAAGGAGGGGCAGCAGAGGUUUGUGUCUACCUAGUUUGUCCAACAGUCAUAGACAUAGUGACCAUUCAGAUGCUCUACUGUCAUCUGGUUUUCUGAGUACCAGAACUGCUUGUCAGCCUGUACCCCCCAGACAAAGGCAGAGGACAAGAAGUGUGGUUGAAGUUUCUCCACCUUCCCAUAGUCUGCUUUGUGUGCCAGAGUCCAGCCAACUCAGCCAAUCAGCCCCAAGUAUCAUGGAGCCACUUCUGUGCCCCAACACCUUGAUGCAGGCCAGAGCGCAUAUUCAGACCAGACUGAGCUCUCAAAGUACUUUAAAUGAUCAAAGGGGUCCUUUGCCAGCCUUCCACUCCCACACACCCAAGCUUCUGGUGCCCAUUGAGGGUCGCCCAAGACAUAGCAAGGCUCUGCCACCACUGAAACCCCAUGUUCCUCUAAAGCCCAUUAGCCGGAGCCCUCUUUCCAGCAGAGCUGAGCUGAGAAAAGAGAGGCAGUCCUGGGGCAGCUCAUGCAGUGGUCCUUCAAAUGAUGGUAGUGAGGAAAGUGGAUCCAGUAGCAGCAGCCAGAGUUCCAUCAACUUGGAAAAUGAGGAUGAUUCUGGACAAAUCCAAGAAACAUCUACUAAGGACAGAAAUCUGACGUUUGUAAAAGAUAGAAUGUUGCAGGAUUCAAAUGACAGAAUUACAUCAGAGGCAGAUUUUUUUGGAGAAACAACACGACAUGUUAAAGCAAAACUGUGCUCAUUGGUCAACAGAUCAAUACAUGACAGAGAAAGAGACUAUGUCAAUUGUACUAAUCAUGCAACAGUAGAAAAAGCUGAUUCACACCAUCCAAAAGAGGCCGAUAAGAGUGAGUGUGUAAAAGAAUGUAACCACUUUGAGAGUAAUAAAAAGUCAGAUGCAUAUGUGUUUAGUGAAGUCAAGCAAAAUACGAGCCACACAACUGAGUCAAAGACUGGAACAAGCAACAAAACUAAAAAUGAUGCAAAGGGUCUUGAAGAUGAUGCUACUGGUUGUUUUGAAGAAGAUUCUGAAAAUGAACAGAUGGAUCCAGAAAGCACAGCAUCAGCUAGAAAUCAAGAAAACACGGCAGAAGACGUAAGAGAUUGCAGUGCAGUUACUGCUGUGGAGAAAACCGGCUUCUUUCCUGUGGAUCCCAAGAAAUACGAGAAGAUGUUUAAAGCCCGGAAUAAAGAGAGUAAAACUAGGAUGAACUUUCACUUGAAGGCAAAAAAUUCAACUAUUCAUUCUCUCAACAAAGAUGCAAGAGUCAUCAGUGGUAACCACUCCAAAAUUAACAUAAAGUACUCUGCCAUUCCCACAAUGGACAAAGACAAAAGCAAGAAAAUUAAAUCUGGAAAUACGGCUCUCCUCAGUGUGGGUACUCUAACCCCACGUAACAUUUAUGAACCACACAGCAACAAAAUACAUCAGCUGAUAUCAAUGAGGGAGCUAAAAAGUGCCCAGCAGUUGAAGAAACCAGGCUCAGGUGGAAAACCCCCAAGAUCUAAAUCUGCUGUGGACCUCAUCACUUACAGAGACAUGUUUCAGCAGAUACAGAGUGGCAGCGAAGGACCAGCCAUGUAUGAGAUGUUUGCUGGGCCAUUAUUUGAAAAUCAUCGGGUCUCCAACUCAUGUGAGAAACCUAAAGAGAGACAACUACAGGUCAUGCCAACAAGAAAGACAAAACAAAGCCACAAAGUCAAACACAAACCAGUACAGAAUAAGCCAAAGAGAAAGUCAGUGGAGAGCACAGCUACUUUGACUAAAAGCAAACCAAAACCAAUGUCAUCGCAAAUCAAAACACAGUCUACCACUAAUAGCUGCAGAACAGACAAAAGCCCUAAACUCAAAGAUGAAACUGAUGAUGAGAAGGAGGUUGAGUUUAGUCAUAAGUCUUCUAAGGAUGAAUUUGAAGAUCACAUUUUAUCAACCAUAGUGGAAGCUCUUUCUAAAAAUGGAUCUGAAACAUUACAACCACAAGAGGAAACUCUGACAGAACCCAUAACUUCCCUUUAUGGUGUUGAUGCUAGAAAUCACAAAACUUCAAGUAAAUCAACAAGAAACUCAGCUAAAAAAGAUCCACAGUUGGCUCAGUCACUAGACCCUCUGCAGGCACACAUCAACACUUGGACAUCUUCAGACAGUACCUGCCACACCCUGAUGUCACCAGUUUACAGGAAGUUUCUGGAUGAGGUGGGGGAGGGUCCGCUGACAGAUGAUCUACUGCAAUGUCUGGCAGAGGAGCUGAUCUCUUUGGAUGAGAGGGAUGUUUCUGCAGCUCUUGAAAACUCAGAACAUGGAAAAAAGGAGUUCCAUGGUGAAGAAGAGCAUGUAUCAGGAAAAAAAGCACCUCCGGAGGUUGCUCGAAAUGACAGUAACUCUUACCUUGGAUCAGGGUUGGUUGCAAAUGACACCAUAACAUGGGCUAAGGGUGAAGUACUGGGGAAGGGUGCCUAUGGGACAGUGUACUGUGGUCUGACCAGUCAGGGCCAGUUGAUAGCUGUAAAGCAGGUUUGCCUGGAUUCGUCUGACCCUGAUGCUGCAAAGAAGGAGUACAAUCGUCUUCAGGGGGAAGUGGAGUUACUUAAAACCCUUUGCCACAGCAAUAUUGUUGGCUUUCUGGGAACAUCUCUUUAUCAACAUGUUGUUUCCAUCUUCAUGGAGUAUAUCCCUGGUGGAUCUAUUGCUAGCAUACUUCACAGAUUUGGUCCUCUGCCAGAACGAGUGUUGGCUCUGUACACCCAUCAGAUCCUGGAAGGGGUGGCAUUCCUUCAUCAGAACAGAGUGAUUCAUCGGGACUUAAAAGGAAACAAUGUCAUGUUGAUGCCAACUGGUGUCAUCAAGCUCAUAGACUUUGGUUGUGCACGACGCCUCAGCUGCCUUAACCACACAGCUCCAAACAGUGGAGAGCUGCUGAAAUCCAUCCACGGUACACCUUAUUGGAUGGCGCCAGAGAUCAUCAAUGAAUCAGGGUAUGGCCGGAAGUCAGAUAUUUGGAGUGUUGGUUGCACAGUGUUUGAAAUGGCCACAGGGAAACCACCUCUUGCACAUAUGGAUAAAAUGGCUGCCUUGUUCUACAUUGGGGCUAGAAAAGGGCUAAUGCCAUCCCUGCCAGAUGGCUUCUCAGAGAAUGCCAAGGACUUUGUAAAAAUCUGUCUGACAAGUGACCAGAGCGUACGGCCAUCAGCUGACCAGUUACUGAAACAUUCCUUCAUUCCUAAAGGGCACACAAGUAUCAAAUACUGUGAAGCACAGAAAAAUAAAUGUUGUGGUACAAAAGUGAGUGUUUAAAUUGGGAUAACUGCUGUUCUUAAAUUCAGAGGCAUUAAAUAAUAUCUAAUCAUUUAAGUUCACAGUUCAAAAAUUAAUAUAUUGUGGUAUCAAAACCACUGUGAAUGCACUCCAAAUAAUAUAAUUGCGUAUAAAUUGCAGAUAUUAUUGUACCCUUUAGAUUAACAAAUGUGCCAAUUUUAUAAAAUUGUGUGUGAAGUGUAUUCAGUACUGAAUGUUUAAUGGUUUGUAUAGAAUAAAUGUCAAAGCAGAUGACAAAUCUACAAAACAGUCAAAUGCCACAUUUUAAACUAUUGCCAUUGAAACAUCAGUUCUAUGGUUAUGAGAUGAAGGUACAUUUCAAAUUGGAAUAUCAUAAACAUCUGAAAUUGUUUCAGUGUUUCAAUUCAAAAAGUAAAAUAAAUUAUACAAAAAUAUACAUUUCAAAUUAUAAUAGUCUAAAGCUAAUCUAAAUAAUUCAAAUUAAAGAUUUUGAGCCUACAAAUGUUACUUAUAGAUCCUAUAUGGUGUUUAGGACAGCUGGAGCCAUCAGUUAUAUGCUAAUUUUUUAACAGUUUUUUUCUUCCACUCAACUUCCCAACACAACCCAUUGACUUUUAGUGAAUUAUCCUCCAUGUGUCAGUAAGCAGUAUUCACAAUGCUUGAAUAGGUCAAGGUUUUUAUGGUAAAAAACAUAAAAAUAUUUUGUCUUAUGUAGUUUUCUGUUACAGAAAAAAUGUUGGGUCGUCAUUAGCUGAAGCCGCAGUUAAAUCUAACCACAAACAAUUGAAAUAUAUCACUGUGUGUAUUGAAACUUUCGGAAUAUGUUCUACUUCAUUAAAAUACAUUUAGGUUUCAAACCUACAUCUGAGUGCAGUGGUAGCGGUUUUAAAUGUUUAAAACAAAUUAAAAGAUGCUUUCAGCUGAUUUAAAUGAGUAAAAUUACAUUUGUAGAUUGUAAAUUAAUCCUGAAUACUGUACACUGAUCAGUGAUUAACUUCAGUCUUUAUGUUGAAUAAAUGUAUUGGGCCAGUUUUAUACAUAUCAAAUUAACUAGAACUAAAAUGUUCAUGAUCAUAUAAACUCCAAGUAAUUCCUCUUAAUGGUUCAGUGCUGUAAGUAUUUGCCCCAAAAGAUUUUUUAUUUACUCACAAAACGAAUGAUCUGUCUUUUUUCAGAUCAUAAAAAAAAAGACAGACAUGAGUAAAUAAAAAAGCUGUUCUCAAAUUAUUUCCUGUAAAAAGUUCAUUUUCCUUUGUACAUGAAGCAUUUAAAACUGUUUUACUCAGGACAUGAAAUGAAAUUUUAAUACUGAUCUGAAAUACUACAUGCGACAGAAAACGCAAAAGAAAACUAUAAGGCAGGAAAUACUUGUCCACAGCCCUCCACCAUAGAGGAAUAAACCAUGUUUACCAUUUAAAAAUGAAUUGCAUGCCAUAUUAAAAA